AUUUCAGGGGAGCACCUUAGGACAUGUCCCCAGGGUUACACCUGUUGCACUUCGGAGAUGGAGGAGAACUUUGCCAAUACAAGCAGAGUUGAGUUGGAAUCCUUGCUGAAAGAAUCCAGUCUGUCUGUUCAGGGAUCAUUCGCCGCACAGUACAGGAAAUUUGACAGUAAGAAUAUCUUUCAUUGGAUAAGAAUAUAAAAUGUGUAUCAGUCAGUGUCUGAGACAUUUUAGAAUUCCCUGUGAUACUGAUAUAUUCCUUUAGAACUGUGCCAUUCACUUCAAACACCAACCCAGUUCCAGUUGAAAAUCCCAGUUCCAAGCUAAAUCUUGGUUAUGAAGUCUAAUUCUAGUCUGAAUUAUUUUAUGCACAACUUAAAAUCAUUGUCAAAAAACAUGGUCAAUCCUCAUGGUCAAAUGCUCUAUUCCCAGGAGAGUCAUAUAGCCUUCUACUUUUCCUAGGCAGAUAAAAAGAAUAACCAGUGAGUUGGAUGAUAAUUACAUAUUUGAAAACAAGAGGAGCAUCUAUUUAUACCUAAAGGAACAAUCCAAUAUAUGUAACUUGUAAAAGCUCUUUUAUAUAUUUAAUCAAGCUUAUGUUGAAUAUACAGGCAGGGACAGGUCAUUCAUGAAACAGCAUAAAUAUAGGCUUCUACUAACUUGCAAGUAGUUUUAUUCAUUUUAUUUCAUGAAUAAACUACUAAAGACUGAUGUGUUACAUAUUCUAUAAAACCCUGCUGGGCAGAGUUGUCACGGGAGUCGUACCCCAAUACGCAGGAAGGAGGAAACCCACAAAAGGUGGAUCCGAAAGACGUAUUACCAAGCCUUAGAAUGGCCAGACAAUGUAUUAAUACUACAAGAAACAAGGUCAAGAUAAAUCAAGGACAGGAUAACAGAAAUACUCAGAGUCAAUACGAAGCCGGGUCGGGAUACCAGAAAUUACAAGGUCAAUACGAAGCCGGGUCAGGAUACCAGAAAUCACGAGGUCAAUACAAAGCCGUGUCAGGAUACCAGAAAUCAUGAGGUCAAUAUACAAAGCCAGGUCAGGAUACCAGAAAUCACGAGGUCCAUACAAAGCCAAGUCAGGAUACCAGAAAUCACAAAGUCAAUAUGAAGCCAGGUCAGGAUACCGGAAAUCACAAGGUCAAUACGAAGCCAAGGUCAGGAUACCAGAAAUCACGAGUCAAAUACAAAGCCGAGGUCAAACACAGGAAAUCACUAGGGAAUCACUAGGAGCAAAAAACGAGGAUUUAACAGAAACCACAAUAGGGCAAUUAAUGGGGGCUAUAACAAGCCUUAAAUAGGCUUACCUAUGUUCUGAUAGGCCCACGUCAUCACUGCGAUUCAAAACAGAUUAGGAUUGCAGUGAUGACGUGAUCACUUUAAGAGUGUGCGUGACGUCCCAUCCACAUCUAUUUAUGUCCUGCCGCGCAACCGCAUGGUUCAGCAAGACCGCACGACAGGAGGAGGUCUGCACGGCUCAGUGGAGGUAAGUAAUGCCACAAGAGGUUUAUCGGUUAGUGGUAGAGGCAUCUCAGUCACUUGCUAGCAGGUGCAGAUUUGCAGAAAUGUAUAAAAAUCAAAGGUGGGAAUCUUGGUUAUUAUGUAUUUAUCUUUUUCCAUAUAUAAUGCAGUAGUUCCCUAAUGCACUAAUAAAAUGGGGUGUAAAACAGCCUACAGCAUAUUAUUAUUAUUGAUAUUUAUAUAGCGCUAGCUUUUUCCACAGCGGUUUACAUUGAAAGGGGAAUUUAACAAAUGAGACAAUAACGAAGUGUGACAGGAACAAUAGGUAGAUGAGGACCCUGCCCAAAGAGCUUACAGUCUAGAGAAGGUGGGGUAUAAAAACACAAUAAGAAUGGUAUUGAGAGAGACUGCAAAUAAACAUGGUGGGAAAGUAGCACACUGGAGGCGAGAGUGGAAUGUGGCUCUUUAGGAGAGAGCAAGAGGCAGGUUUGUGAGAAAGAAGUUACUCUUGGAGGCCAUAAGCUUUCCUGAAAAUAUGUUUUGAGGGACUUCUUAAAGGAUUGAAGACUAGGGGAGAGUCUGACGGGGGUAGACAGGCUGUUCCAUCCAGUUAAGCAGAUACCUGAUUUACUGUAGAUGGUUUAUAUUAAUUUUAUGUUAUACACACUUUUGUAAAGUAUAACAACCAAUAUAAAUAUGCAUCAAGUAUAACAUGUUUUGUUUUGAUACAGUUUACUUCCAGAACCUGUUGAAUAAGUCGGAGCAGAUUCUCCAGGACACAUUUCCAAAUAUGUAUGGCGAUCUUUACAGCCAGAACGAGAGGAGAUUCAGGGAUUUGUUCUCCGAACUGCGACGAUAUUAUCGUGGCUCUGGAGUCAGUCUGGAGGAAUCCUUGAAUGAUUUCUGGAGCCGUUUGCUAGAGCUUCUUUUCAAGGCGCAAAACCCCCAGCUGUCCAUUACAGAUGAGUACGUGGACUGCUUGAAACAAAACGACCAACUCAAGCAAUUUGGGGACAUUCCACGAGACGUGAAGCUAAAAGCAACUCGUGCAUUUAUUGCUGCCCGUUCCUUUGUGCAAGGCCUGAGUGCAGCUGCUGACAUUGUCAGGAGAGUUACGCAGGUAUGUGAACGAGAUAUAUAAGGUAAAUACAAGGAAACAUGUCUAUGAGAUAAGGGUGCUGAUGACAGAUUUAAUAUUUUGAGUGGCAAAUGGGUGAGCAAUGUUCUAAUUUUUUUAGAACAAACUUUUUCAAUCACACAGGUGUCAUCAGUGGUCCCUCUAAAAAAAAGAUUGUUCAUAGCCACGGAAUCAUCAUAUUAUGCUUUCAGCGUUUGUUCUGCUGACGUUUAUAAAGAGUUUUUAUUAAAUGUGUCAAUAUAUCAAUAAACAUGUUUGGGCUUCAAUAUGCUAAAGGGCACUUCAAACACCAAUACAUACUUUAAUGCAUUUCAUAGGUUUUGGCCUUAUUAACAUGCUGUAUUUUAGUUUUUUUAUGCACAAAUCUUUAUAGUUUUUGCAUAAAAUAAAUAAGUUCUGCACGAUAAGCCAGCCUCCUUAGUCACACCCCCUCACGCCAGAAAAGCUUCCUUAUUAAAAGGUAUACACACAGCUCAGGCAUUGACAGUAUUGAAUGAUCUGAACUCCAAAACAACCUGUAUUAGAAGGAGAGGGCACCCACGGAGGCAUAUAAUAAGGAUAUCACUUCCUGUUUGGUUGUAAAUUAAAAGUCACUUGCUCAGUUCUGUUGAGGUUGAGACUGUGUGCAUACUUUUGAUAACAAAGUAUUUUUGGAAUGAGGGGGUGUGGAUAAGGAGGCAGGCUUAUGGGGCAGAAUUCUGCAAAAAAAAUGUUUUUUUUAUCAUUUUUGUGUAAGCAUGCAAAAAAAUACAGCAUAUGAAUGAGGUCAAAAUCUAUCAAAUGCAUUAAAGUUGUAUUGGUGCCCGGAGUAUCCCUUUAAACAGCAAUCAUCUUAUAGGAAUCCCUGGGAAGACUAACUCUUUGCAAUCCCGUUUGAUGUCAGAAGAAUGCAGGGAUUUUUAGUAAGGAUUGCCUCUGUGUCAUUCUUUCACAAUACUUGUUCUUGGACAAAACUUAUGUAACAUUAGUCUGUUUCCUUUGGCCUUAUUUAAUAGAGGGCCCAAAAUGAAUGUAAAGAGGUCUAUUUAUACAUAGAUACAUACGUUCUUAUGUAACGAUCUGUGCCGAAAUCAGCAUGCAAGCUGGGUUAUGAAUGCUCUCACGAUAUACUGGCUGCAUAUUAAAGAGGCCCCACAAUCAGUGAAAAGAGGGCUUUUUGUGACACACAUUGUGCUAGAUGUGCUGUGUGCGAUAUCUCAACUUAAAACUUCAAAAUUUAUUUUAGAACAAAUUCUCUUUAAAUUGCUUGAGUUCAUGAUUUGCGGAUAACCUUUUUGUGAAUAGACCACAGUAUUUUUUGAGAACUGUAGUUCAAUGAGAGCCGGAUAUAUUCCAGAUAAUCACUCCUGGUAAAAGGCAAAUAAAAUGUUUUGUGUCUUAGCUACAGAAUGUCAGAGCUGGUUACGUCCCAUGUUCCCACGCCAUCUGAAUUGAAGAAUGGGGUUAAGUAACCUCAAAGUAUGGAAUUAGCUAAAAAAAAAAAAAAUCAGUGCAAUUAUCACACUGCAGUCUCUUUGUUACCACCCUAGCAUUACAAAUUUCACUUCAUUUAAAAUGUCCUGAAUCGCCUGUCACGGGUGGAGUUUGUGAGUUUUACAUCCUUUUUUUUUCCCAAGGAUUUUGCUCUAGCACUCUCUGCUGGUAACUGAUACAAAAUUAACAAAAAGCUCAAAAGCUUUUUUUACUCACUAAUAUGUAGCGUGAUAGGAAUUCAAAACAAAUUGAAGUUUUAGGCUAUUUGAAAAACUUUCUAUGUUAUUAAUAUUAUUAUUAUUAUUGUCAUUUAUAUUGCGCCAACAGAUUCCGUAGCGCUUUACAAUAUUAUGAGAGGGGGGAUUUAACUAUAAAUAGGACAAUUACAAAAAACUUACAGGAACAAUAGGUUGGAGAAGACCCUGCUCAAAUGAGCUUACAUUCUAUAGGAGGUGGGGUGUAAAACACAAUAGGACAGGAAUUUGCAGUCAAAUAAGGUGGACUGUCCUUUAGGAGAGAGCAAGAGACAGGUAUGUGAGGUAGAGGUUAAUCUGGGAGGCCAUAAGCUUUCCUAAAGAGAUGGGUUUUAAGACACUUUUUAAACGAUUGAAAACUAGGGGAGGCAUGCUAUUCCAUAGGAAGGGAGCCGCCCGCGAAAAGUCCUGCAAGCGUGAGUUGGCCGUACGGGUGCGGACAACGGACAGGAAGUGGUCACGGGCAGAGCUAUGCAUCCACUUCUACAAUUGUAGCCUACGAUUUUAAAUGCACUUUGAAUUCCUGACAAUUUAAACAUUAGUGCCUUAUGAGUUUAGAGCUCCUCAUAGGGGAAAGAUUAGACCUUGUGCAAUUAAUAUCAACCCAAGAGAAAGAUAGCAGAGGUUCUUGCACUAAAUAUUAUCUAUUUUUCUAAACAUUGCUUUGAGAGGAUUCCAUUUAAAAACAUUGAUAAUAAUCACUAUACCCUGGAUGGUAUUCCAGGACAAUGAGUUUUUUUUUUUACAUUUUAUUAUAACUCAUAGGAAGAAUUACAUCUUUUUUUUUUUUUACACCACCUGUUUCGUUCUGUUUUAUUUCUGAUUUGGCAUUUCACACUCACUGGUUAUUCUGUAUAAAAGAUCUGUAUCAGACACUUUUCCAGAAAAUUAGAUCAUAUUUAGGGAUCUCAGAACAGCAAUCUAUAUGCAAAACUGCUGAAUUACCCUUGCUUUGCUAGCUAUGCGUUCCAGUAUCGAAAUGCAUUUUACACUUCAGUGUUAUUUGAUUAAAGGAGAGUUGUAGUGAUUUCAAACUGAAAUGCAAAAUUUGCUGAUUUAAAAAACAAAAAACAAAACAAAACUCAACUGUAGUCACAGCUGGGCUAUUUUACCUAAAAUCACUUUUCAAAUCACCACAUUUCACUGUUUAGUUAGCCCUUUACAGAGAAUAAGAUAACAAUUGUUUUUUGGGGGGACGAUAGGUACCCUUCUGUUUACCUACUCCCCAUUGCUAUUAAAAGAAACUCAGUUAAUGAUCACUUACCCUGUUUCCAACACUGGGACUCCUCUGCUGGAGCUGCAACUCUCUAUGUAGCUGGGAGGAGGUGACUGGCUCUCACUUCCUCCCAGGCUGCCAGUCUGAGAGGGACUUGAUCGUACUGUUAAAGGGCCACAACGCACCAUCAUGUCCUCAGGGCGGCCCUAACUGUCCUAAUCCCUAAUCCUGCUGUCAGCAUUUGAUUCCAGGACUGAGAUUCACUUGGUUCUAGAGGAGGAAGCGCCUCUAGUGGCUAUCAGUAUGGAAUACAGUCAGUAUGACAGCCACUAAAAGUGUAUUUAACCCUGCAGGGUAAUCAUCGAUUUUUCUACAAAACUACAGUGUUUUACAUUGCAGGGUUAAAAUGACAGGACCACUGCACCCAGACCACUUUAUUGAGAUAAAGUUGUCUUUAGUGGUCCUUUAACUUUUUACAACUUAAACAUUCUGUAGUGAAGGAUUUAAUUGAUCCCCUAUUUGCUAAUAAAGUCAGUGAAAGUCAGCUGGAAUUCCAAAACCCAAAAGAGAACUGGGGAAGCUGCUGCCAUAAGUAUUCAGUAAUAAUCAAUUUAAUUUUAGCCUAUUGUCUAUUCCAACUCAGAACUCUUGACAUUUUAAUAUCACACUAGACAUUGACAUUAAAUCAUUAAAUUCCGCAUGGGAAGUAUUGAGUUUGAUUUUGAGCCUAGUAAUACUUAUCUUUUAAGUAGUUACAACGUUUCAGGAAUUAAUCUAAAUAUUGCCCUUCUGGAUUCUAUGCCGAAAAUAUGUUUUACAGCAGCACAGUUGGUGAAUCAUUGUCUCCUUUAUUAUGAACACUUUAUAGGGGAGUGUUCAUAAUAAGUUUACAUGACUGCAUUAUCUGUACUGGCUAUCUCCCAUAUGAAGCAACGACUAUAAUUAGAAUAACUAUAGUCCGUUCCCUCCCUGCAGGUUCCAAUGAGCGCAGAAUGUACACGUGCACUCCUGAAACUUGUGUAUUGCCCUCACUGCCAAGGGCUCUCUGGCACAAAGCCAUGUUUGAACUACUGCUGGAAUGUUAUGUGUGGCUGUCUUGCCAAUCAGGCUGAUCUGGAUUCUGAAUGGAGAAAUCUCAUUGGUAAGUACCAAUCACAGGCUGAGGCCACCAUAUGGAAGCAAUGUAUUUAACCUCACCUUGUAUCUUUUAUUUUUAAAGUGACUGGCUACAAUGCAGUGACUGCAAGUUACAGUGUAAAAAUUGUAACAGUAACUUUGUAGUGUGUGUUGUACAAUUCAACUUCUUUAUCAAUCUUUUCCCCAGAGUCCCUGCUAUUGGUGGCAGACAAGUUUAGUGGCCCCUCUAACGUGGUAAACAUUAUGGCAUCGAUUCCAUCAAAGAUCUCUGAAGCGAUAAGUUACAUGCAAGAAAACAGGGAAGUUAUAACAAACAAGGUGAGCAAUACAAUUCAAGCUUACAUAUAUAUAUAUCAUUACUGGAUAUAAUCCACAUGUGGGAAAUGUAAAGAACUUAAAAGGUUAAUCCGAGCACUUUGACCACUUUAAUGAUUUGAAGUGGUCAUGGUGCCUGGAGUUUGCAUGUGCAGUGCUUUUCUUUGAAACACUGAACAUAUGGAGUUUAAAGGGACACUGUAGCCAGUUUGAUUAGAUGAAGCAGAUACAGUAACUACAGUGUCCCCUUAACCCUAUCCUGCCAGUGGUGUUACUCCUCCUCCAACUUUGUCAUUGGGGCAUCAUCAGCCAGCCUGGAUCAAGAGUUCCAGGCUGGAUUAUGGCAAUUCUGUGUACACCUUUGGCAUAGUGUGCCAUUCCUUGGCUGAGAGUAGUCAGAAGGAGCAGCGCAUCAGCUGAGAAGCGCAGAGCUUUUGAGCCCAGUGGGGACCUGAGAAAAAGGGUAAAUCAUUUUUUACCAAAUCCAGAUGAAGGGCUGGUUGGGUUUGUGGUUCUUUCCCUAGUAGUGUCUGGGAGUGGACUUGGAGAUUCGUACAUUGAGAUAUUGGAUAGACUGUUUUUUAGUUUGGGAUCCCCUUCGAUUAGUGCAAGUGCUAGGGAGCCACAGUACACUAAAAAAACAAUAAGCAUCUCCUGUAUGGAGUAAACAAAAGCAAUGCCAUGUUUAGUAAUGCCUUUAGACAUAAAAUCAUAUACCAAUUCAAAAGUGGAAGAUUCACUUUAUCAGGAGGGUAUUUAGACGCACAUUGUGGGGAGGGCAUUUAGACUCACAUUUGGGGGAGGGCAUUUAGACUCACAUUGUGGGGAGGACAUUUAGACUCACUUCAUCAGGAUGGUAUUUAGAUGCACAUUGUGGGGAGGGCAUUUAGACGCACAUUGUGGGGACGACAUUUAGACUUACAUUGUUAGGAGGGCAUUUAGACUCACAUUGUGGGGAGGGCAUUUAGACUCACUUUAUCAGGAGGGCAUUUAGACGCACAUUGUGGGGAGGGCAUUUAGACGCACAUUGUGGGGAGGACAUUUAGACUUACAUUGUUGGGAGGGCAUUUAGACUCACAUUGUGGGGAGGAUAUUUAGACUCACAUUGGGGGGAGGGCAUUUAGACUCACAUUGUGGGGAGGGCAUUUAGACUCACUUCAUGAGGAUGGUAUUUAGAUGCACAUUGUGGGGAGGGCAUUUAGACGCACAUUGUGGGGACGACAUUUAGACUUACAUUGUUGGGAGGGCAUUUAGACUCACAUUGUGGGGAGGGCAUUUAGACUCACUUUAUCAGGAGAGCAUUUAGACGCACAUUAUGGGGAGGGCAUGUAGACGAACAUUAUGGGGAGGACAUUUAGACUCACAUUGUUGGGAGGGCAUUUAGACGCACAUUGUGGGGAGGACAUUUAGACUCACAUUGUUGGGAGGGCAUUUAGACUCACAUUGUGGGGAGGGAAUUUAGACUAACAUUGUGGGGAGGGCAUUUAGACUCACAUUGUGGGGAGGGCAUUUAGACUCACUUUAUCAGGAGAGCAUUUAGACGCACAUUAUGGGGAGGGCAUGUAGACGCACAUUAUGGGGAGGACCUUUAGACUCACAUUGUUGGGAGGGCAUUUAGACGCACAUUGUGGGGAGGACAUUUAGACUCACAUUGUUGGGAGGGCAUUUAGACUCACAUUGUGGGGAGGGAAUUUAGACUAACAUUGUGGGGAGAGUAUUUGCCUCACACUGUGGAGAAGGAUGUUAGACGCAUACUACAGGGAAGUUAUUUAGAUUCACAUUUUGUUGAGGGAAGAUGGACGCAUACUAUGGGGAGGACAUCCAGACUUUAACUCUGGGUAGCCACACAUUUAGGAAGUGGGUGGCAGUAAGGUCUGACUUAUGAGAGCACCACUUUGAGUAUGAAUAUUCAGACAUGAAUUUUGGGGAGAGCCCUUCUUUGUACGGUGAGUGUGCUGCAAUCAGGGAAUGUGUAAGCACAUUGCUCUCAGAGUUGAGGGAAGUAUUAUUAUUGAGGGAAGUAGCAUUAUAGGUUGCAGUAUUAUUCUAAUGGAAAUAUUAUGAGAUAUGGCCUGUCUAAAACUGAUCUCCUGGACGGAAAUACACAAGGUGACAUGAAUAUGAAUGAGUAAAUCUUUUUGUACGUUAUAAUGCUUUAGUGCAUCACAGCUUCUAAAUGUUGUGAAAAGCUUCCAAUAAUCUAUGCAAUGUUCAAUUUCUGUUCAAUUACUUGAACAAACAGUAAACUAGAUUUGUCCAGAUUGCUAUGCAGAACAUGAUGAGACUGAUAAACACGAUGUUACCUAAACCCUAAAUCAAACACACGGAUUGAAGCGAUCAGCAUUAAUGCUGCUGAGAUGUGCUUGUGUUUAUUGGACUUUGCAGGAGGGGGGGGAGCAGAGAGUGCUAUAGGUGCUUUGGUCUUUGUAUAUUCUAGAUAAUUGCAAUCAGGGCACAUGCUAUGUGCACAAAAUGUAAUUUUACAAAUAUAAAAUGAUACGUAAAAUUCAAAAUCCAAUCAGUUUAACAUGUGAACAGACAUCUUGAAAUAUGUGAUUGGUUUUCUUCCUUUCUAGAUAUUUAAAGUUUGUGGCAAUCCAGAAAAAAUUAACACAGAAAAAAGUAACAGAAGCUCCAAAUCAGAAGAGAGAAGACGAAGAGGGAAAGGUAUUCAGGAAGAUAAAUCAUCUUUGGGAUCUGCAGAGAAUCUGGUCAGUGCCUUUCUGUACUAUCAUCACAUCCUGCCUUCUGCACGUAUUCCUUCCACAUUUACAUUUACACAUAUAAAUACAGCUAAAUCAGGGGGGUAUCUCUGGGCUCCAGCAGUCCAAAAUUUCACGCCGUGUUCAUUCUCAGGGUGCUUGAUUACUCAUGUAUGUCAGUUACAUGUGGAUUUAAAGUAAUAAUCAUACUUAAGUACAGUUAGCUUGCUGUUAGUUUCCUGGUGUCUAGAUGUAUUACCCAAUUUGAUUGUACCCAGUUCAUUGACCUGGGUGAUAUACUGCAGUUGGAGCCCUUCUAUCUAAGCUACCUCGCCAGCAGAAAACACUGUGUAUCUAAUUAUUGUUUUGAUCAGCACAUUUACUAAUAACUUGGUAACUGUAAUGCAUAGUUCAAACCCCUCACUGUUCAAUAUCUGGUUUGAAUGACAACGUGAUGCCAAAAGAUGACAUUUUGUAUUGAUUUAUCAGUGGGAGUUUAUUUAAUUAUUGAUCAGACUGAAUUAUUCCAAGGAUGUCCAUACUAUCCAUAUGAAUACAACCUUUAGAAGAUCUUGACGAUUGAUUUAAUCAAACUGUGCUUAAUCAAUUACGUUUACAAGUCAUUAAACCAUAUUGCUUGUAUUUACCUACAAACCUCGCAUGUCUCUGGCUUGUACAUUUAUUUAUUUUGUAUAUAUGUUCUGUAGGUCUCGGAUAUUAAAAUGAUGCUUAGCGAUUACCAAGAUUAUUGGGUUUCUCUCCCGAAUUUGUUUUGCAACGAAAAGAUCACGGCAGGCCCUGCCAACGAGGACAGAUGUUGGAAUGGAAACAAUAAGGGAAGGUAAGAUACUUGUUUACUGAAACUGUUUGCAAUCAUUUGACAAGGCAUCUGCCCCGAAGCCUAUUCCAUAUCCUGAAUUAUUUAAUAAAUAAUCAAGAAGAAUACAUUGAGAUUUCUCUUGUGUAAGUCCUAGAAACAAAUGUAAUGACAGCACUGAAAAGGCUUCUUUGAUUGUCCUCGGAACGUUGAAGAUGACUCCGUCAGGAAGAUAGUUAGUGGCUCCGAUGCUUGAACAGACCUUAUAGUUGGUGCACUAGCCAUUAGAGCUAACAUUGGUUAUAGUCUACAAAACUAAAUACAGAAUAAAAGUAUAAAACAAAGGCAUGCAGUGUGUUGCAUUAAAAAAAAAAACAGUUCAUACCAUGCAGACCUAGAACAAACCCAUAAAAAAUGCACAACCAAUAGUGAAAACCUCAAAAGAUCUGAAAGAUACACUGACACCCCGAUAAACUCUGAAAUACCUUCAAAUAUCAAAACGUUGUAAAAACAAAACUAUGUCCCGGAUACAAUUUAAGGUGAGUGCUACGUCUUUUUGUUUCUACAGUGUUUCAAGAACAAAAUCAGUCUAAAGAUUAGCUAACAGAUUCCCAGAACUGCUACCGAAAGAAAUGCCUGCAGGGUCAAUACACAACACACAACUGACUAAAAUACAUACACAUAAAAUUGCACCUAUGUACAUGCUUUCAGUUUGGCUAGCACAAUGUAUAGAAGACAUGUCACAUCGUGUAAAAUUCCAUAGUACCAUAACUGCAUGACAGAGGCAUUCUAAACAUGUGGGAUUUUCAUAUUGUGAAUUUUAAAGAAAUGUCAAUGGCAUCGCAAAAUUACUCCUGAAAUGCAGAAAUAGCUGAAUUGAGACAUUUCCCAGUUUGGCUGUUUUGGGUCUGAAUUUUGCAUUGCCAUUGUUUAUAAUUUAUUUACUCUCAGUAAUUCAAAGCUUAGUAAAUAACCUCAAUAGAGGAAAGUCAUAAAGUAUUUACCUAAUUCAUAUGGCUUAUAAUAAUAAGCUUUUCAAAUUAUUUAAUAUAUUUGGCUAAACCUUUAAAAUGCUUUAAUAAUUAGAAAAAAUAUUUUUAUAUUGUAUUUUUUUCAAUCUUUUUUUAAUAUUAUUUUAUAUAUUUAAAGCAUAUUUUUAAAAGUGUAUGCAAAAAAAAAUUAAAGUGAGGCCAUAAUAUAAUUAUUUAAAAUGAGUUUCAGUUUCUCAGAUUCAAUGUGGUAACAUCCACUAUUAAAUCAAUCUGGAAACUAAAUCUUAAAUGAAUCUUUGGAAAUCACCUAUAAAUUGCAUUAACACUUUUUUUUUUUUGUGACUACAAGUCACAGCUUGGGGACACAUUCCAUUGGAGGAUUGGAAACAAAAACAUUUGGGAAGAUUUAUCAAAGUAUUCUAAAAAGUGAUCUAAAGUACUAUAUGGGGUGCAUUCUGCUAGAACAUAGUGAUACCAGCAGGCACAUUCCAAUGAUGACCCCCCCCCCCCCACACCCCUUUUAUAUUUUUGCACCAUUUUAUCAAACCGAGUACUUUGCUAAAUCUCCCCCAAUGUUUUUCGUUCAUCUCUUCUCAACAGAGAAUCCAACUAUGACUGACAGGGAGUCAAUAAAGAGGUAUAUAUUGCUGCAUUUAAUUUAAUUUGUCAGGCCUCACAAGUACAUAUUUAUUUAACAUAGGGAAGAAGUAAACAUAAUAUUCAAAGUCAUGGGAGGUGAUGGUUACACUUCAAAAUUAUAUAUUUUUCCAUCACAUGGCCAGGACAGGUAAACAGAAAUAUAUGUUCCCAGUUUAAAUUCCCCAUAAGCCAUCUCUCUGUAAGCUGUUAUUUAAAAAUGGAAAUAUCUAAAGUACUAUACAAAAAUAACUAUUAAAUAAAUACUAUAAAUAGUGCUAAUAUUGGUAAGGGACAGUAUAGUCACCAAAACAACUUUAGCUUAAUGAAACAGUUUUUGUGUAUAGAUCAUGCCUCUAAAGUUUCACAGCUCAAUUCUCUGACAUUUAGAAGUUAAAUCACUUUUGUGUCUGUUUAUGCUACCCUAGUCACACCUCCCCUGGCUGUGACUGACACGGUCUGCAUGAAAGCAAAAUGGUUUCCUUUUUUAAUUAGAUGUAACUUACUUUAAACAUUUGUAUCUUCUGCUCUGUAAAUUGGACUUUCAUUACAUACAGGAGGCUCCUGCAGGGUCUAGCAAGCUAUUGACAGAGCAGUCAAAAUUAAAUUCAAAAUUAAACAGAAUUUGCAAUAAAGAAAGUGUAAAUAUUAAACGACUCUUUACAGGAAAUGUUUAGGAAGGCUGUGUAAGUCACAUGCAGAAACAUGUGCCUAGGGCUACAUAAACAAAGUGAUCUAUGGGUAUGAUAUAUACACCAAAACAGCUUCAUUAAGCUAAAGUUGUUUUGGUGACUAUAGUGUCCCUAUAGUGUCCCUUUAAUAGUGCUACAAUAAUUGUUAUACACUCAGGCAGCAGCUAAUUUUAAUGGCGUAUAUACUUUACAGACAUAUGGAAUCUAACAGGGAUACUGCAAUGUAUCAGUUUGUUGUAGGAUAAAUGAAUAGAUAAAACAUGUAAUUUUAGGGAAAUAAAAGAUGUAGGUAAUAACUAUGCUAAACUGGAAAUUUGAAUGCUGAUUCCCGUGAAUUUUUUUUAAAGGUAUAUACCUGAGCGUAUGGGAAACGGUCUCGCCAAUCAAAUUAACAAUCCUGAGGUCGAUGUUGACAUUACUAAGCCUGACAUGAGCAUCCGUCAGCAAAUAAUGCAGUUAAAAAUAAUGACAAACCGCCUCCGCAACGCAUACAAUGGAAACGAUGUUGAUUUUCAAGACACCAGUAAGUAGAUGAAUGAAAUGCCAAGACAAAGAUUGAUCUUGUGUGAAUUAAAAUUAAUCCCUAAAGCCAUGAAGGGUAGAGUGAAAAAAACAAAACAUCUAUAUGUGGAACCCGUGUAAUUUCCAGUACUAGGUAGAAGUCACUAUUUACUAAUAUAUCUGCUUCGCUCAUUUGUUAUUUAAUUCAGUGGAAACCCUGUUAAAGGGACAAACCUCUUUAGAACUUGAAAAGACUUCUUAUAGCAAUUCUCUCUAAUUGUAUCCUGCAUUUUACAUGAAUAUCUUCUGCAAGGCUGCUCAUGUAUAAAGGGCAGCCUACAUCUCGGCAUGGCUCUUAUUAAAAUAUGCUAUACUGCUUCCCUGAAAGGUGUCUGAUUAAAGGUGAAAAGUCCCCUUUUUAAAAAAAAAAAACAACACAAAUACAUUGUGCUGUGUAAUUAACUGUAAAUGUGGUGCACUAAAGUCUGUUUUACAAUUACUUUAAUUUAAAAUAAAGAAGAUCAUCACUUUUAAAGUUCUUUGUUUUUGUGCACACAAAGGUUUGAACUUUGCCGACUCCAGGAAGUAGUUUAAGGAGCCAGGGUUCUCUUUUCAUUCUAGUCUGAUGAGUCUGGAUCUUUGGCCUUGUUUAGUUCAGCACUACAAAGGUUUAAGUGUAAUGGGGCAGGUGGAUUCUUGAUAAGCUCUGCAUGCACAGUCUCUGUUCUUCUCAAAUUAAGGGGUUCUACACCAUGGCUUAUAUUGAAAAACCUGCAGGGACAGGCUAUAGACACCAAAACCACUACAUUAAGCUGUAGUAGUCCUGGUGACUAUCGUGUCCCUUCAAUAAUUGUAUUUUUGUCCUUGAAUAUAAAGCUAUGUAAGUAAAAGAAAUCUGGCUCCUAACUUUUUUAGUUUCAAAGCAAAUUUGUCAAGUCCUCUUCUACACCACAGGAAAUGUAGUUCAUACCAAGGUUGCCCAUCACUGUUAUCGUAGUUUUGGAGAUAGUGCAAGGGGAACUAGGUGCACCUACAUCGUUGGUGAUUAUAACCCCUUCCUAGUUUAGGUAUGAUUUCUACAUAUUCUAUAGUCCCUGUUAGUGAGCUGUUGACAUACUUUGCCAAGAAAUUAAGUCCCUUGAACAUUCUAUGAAAAUUCACAGUAAAAAGAAUUAUCCCAGUUUGGGUCCAUUUAAGAAUUAUUAUACAUCUCAUAGUAUGGCAUUUAUUAUUCAUUACAUCCCACAGGCUCCUUGAAAAAAGGCAUUGCUGUUCUCUACAUUUACUUCAAUACAUCACAUUGGGGGCAGUGUACUUUGGUUUUAUAAUAAAUGUUACACUCUCACAGGGUACUGGGUGUUCCCUAGUUAUUCCAGAGCACAACUGAGUUCCAAUAGCCUAUUUCUUAUAAUGUCAUAUUAAAAGGAACUAUCAGUUUUUUGUUCUUAGCUGGUGAGAAUGGUUCAUUGGAACAUUGGGAGCAAUUUUGGAGUAAUCGGUUAAAAAACAAUAUAAUAUUUUUUGGGUUUUUUUGUUGUGGUUUGUUAACAAUCUGCAUAAUUAGCUUUCAGACACACUGGGUUUAAGUUAAAAUGUAUUAUCAUCUUAAAAAGAUGUGCACUAGUAACACAGUAAUACAAGGCAACUAUGGAAAGGAAAAUUGAAUGACAUUCCUUUGGGAAAUAACUUACUGUUUUACCCAGAAUGCACAUUGUCUUUUGUUUUCCUUUUUAUGACCAAUCAUGUGCUGUCUGUAACUUUUUGAGAAUGCACUAUAAAGUACAUUUCAACAUUUUUGUUUGUUGGCCUUGUGACUAAGUGGUCCUCAAGUUAACCAUACUUGGUAGAAGGCUACUAUUAUUCUUCAUUGUUCCCUAUAUUAAGUUUAGCCUGAAAGGGUCUGUUUAAUCUGUGCUCUGGGUAGGGUUGCAGAGCCAAUUUUUUGUUUUUUGUUAUUCCAGCUUUCUCAGAAUUCAUCUCAUUGCUCCCAUUGUUCCAACUUAUCUUCUCCGUAUCCAUUUCAGAUGUAGCUAUCUGUAGAAAUAUUGCCUGCAUGCACAUCACAGAACCUUUACGAUGUAUCCACAUUUAUUGUGUCUCUGUAGGUGAUGAUAUCAGCGGUUCUGGCAGCGGAGAUGGUUGUCCAGAGGAUGUCUGCGGUAAAAAGCUUUCAGUUGAUACAAAACUUUCACAGCCAGUAGCACACGGGGAACCAAACGUUCCUGGAAAGGGUGCAUCAGCGAAGGGCACUUCACUGCGUUCAUGGGACUUUGUCUUGCUUCUUCCAGCUCUACUUAUGGCCAGAUGGUAAAUGUUGAAUAGUCAUUGUAAAGGGAAUGCAGUCUUCUUUGCUCAAACUAAACAUGGCCUUCUUCAUAAAAUGGCAAUGGAAGAGGGAUGAGUGCUGACGAUGGUCACUUUAACACUGUGUUCUUCUGCAGGAUCAAACUGCCUCUAGGGGUUUUGUUUAACUUUUUUCCUAUGUAACUAUGUAUUAUAUUUUGCAAAACAGAUAAAAUAUGUCUGCCUUUUCUUUUUUUUUUUUGGGUUGAUAGGACACAAUUGUUAUAAGUGAUGCAAAUUUCACUAAUUCUGUGUCAUUUUUUUAAAAUAAAUAUCAGAAAUGGAAAAUAUUUAUUAGUUUAAAAGACAUACAGUUCUAUACAUAUAUAUGGAAAAGCCGUCAGAAGCAUUUUAUGCAAUUUCCUGUUUCUAUAUAAUAUAUGGGAUGGGUUUUUUUUGUUUUUUUUUAAACAAAUUUUUUUUGAUUUCCAGCGCUGAGAGUUUUCUUGCAUUUAGUGAAAAAAUACUGUGCAUUACAAAAUCACUAUGGACCCACUUUUUCUGCUAUGCUAUUGUAUUAUAGUCUUUCAUUUAAAAUUCUCGUACAUCAUGAUCUAUGGCGGAAUUACUUUUUAAUAUAAACAUUGCAUUAAAUGGAUUAAUAAGCACAACAUUAUUUGUAUAAUAGAAAAACGGACGUUGCAUUUGGGGGAACUUGGAUUUUGUGAAUAGAUAGAAAUGCUGAUGUCUUUCCAUUUAACACUUUCGAUCAAAUUUGAGACUAUGAUUGAAUUUGUUGCUAACAGGUUAUAAUGAAUGUUUUUGAUGAGCUUUUCAGAUGGUGGGUAGGAAAUAUGUUCAAAGAUUUUUUUUUUAACAUUCACAUUUUUGAGUCGUUUCAUUUUCCAGUAAAAAAAUACAAUAAGUGGCAUGACUUGGGAGAUGUAAAUAGGGGUCUAGUAAAAAAUAAAAUAAAAAAAAUAAACAAAAAUAAACUCUGAGGGAUGUUUUUAAGGUCAAAUUAAUCCAUGUAGCCAAGUUAUCAAGAAAAAUUUUUUUUUUUUGGCAUUUUGAUAACUAACCACUGUAGGAUUAAUUAUAAAUGUAUGUCCCUGGCUUCAGGACAGUGGCGAUGAGCUCUUUAUACAGUGUAGGCCGCUUUUCAAGCAAAUGUACAGACAUAAUAGGAACAUUAAAAUUGGCUCGCUUGGAGAUAUCUCAGGAAAGGUGUGGUCUCCGGCAAAACUAAUGCUGUCCACUGUGUAAGUGGGUGGGACCAAACUAAAAGUGGGUAGGGCAAACCUAAAGUGAGAUGGGUUUUAUUAAUCAUGGCAUGAGCCAAAACGAGAGUGACUGGUACUAAAUACCACGCUUGAAAUUUAAUUCACUCAACCUCUUACGAAACCUGGUAAAACUAGUAUGUUCCUAGGUAUGUGUAUAGACAAUGGAAUACAUGUGUUGAUCCCAUCCCAUUUGUAACAUUGCCACAUGGCCUCAUAUGCAAAUCAAUUAUUCUCCAGUGCAGUAUUUAAUUUGCAUAUAGGGUGUCAGAGUGAUGUUAAGGAGCAGAGCCAACACAUAUGCAGUCAUUGUUUCUCUUCUUCUAAUUGUUCUUGCACUUCUGCUAGUCAAUAUUUUUUAUUCUUCACACUGCGAAAGGGAAAGGUUCCAGGUAAUAUUUGUGUCCGAUAUUUUAUUACUGGAUCCACGAUCUGUUAUCAGGAUGUCUUAAGGGUAGAGACUGGGGAUGUGCUGUUAUUGUGUGAGUACUAUACAAUUCCUUCAUAUUUGUAUGGGCUGAAGGUGGCCCUGUAUUACGACCUUUGCACCAUAUCUUUCACAAGGGUACCUCUGUUGUCCUUAUGUCUGCAUUUUCAGCAGUUGAAAAAAAAACAAACAUAAUAAAGUCUUCAUUUACUGUAAAUGUGUC